GUUCAAGUUGAUCUCAUCCAAUCGGCAUUUCGGCAGCUCUCUCGCAUAGAAAACUCCGACAGUAUGCCAAGUGCGAAAUAAAAUGGUGCCCACUCAAUAAUUAACGUGCCUUUGUUGUCUGAGUUGACAUCUCGCGCGCGUCCGCGACAGGAACAGCACCGCAAACCUUACUUGACAGUUUAUCGCAGUUUAUUUCGUCUGCACACUCAAAAAAAAUGGCGUUAUUGAGUAGGGUUGGUCGUGGUAGAAAAACGAUGAGCCUUGCCUCCAUUCCUCUUUAAAGAGUUGCAUUGCUUCCUUUCUGUCGAAAGCGGAGCGUCCGUCAUAGCGUCCCUAUUUGCAGAAACCUUCAUCUUCAUCACAUCAUCCUCCUUGGUUGAUAUCCUACAUUCCUUUUUUUUUACCUCAUCCCUCGCCUCAAUCUAUCUAUAUCAAGGACUGACAUAGAGCUAAUCAACGCGCCUUUCAUCUAAUAAAUGGAGCAGCGCUUAGUUACAGACAGUGUCACCUCGGUGAAGUAUUUGCGAAUAGCAUCCAUAUCCGUUGCAACUUACGAUUAUAUCUUAACACUCCCCGCAGAAUGGCGCUUUUAUCGAAGCCAAUCGUCGAUCUUUCAUAUAAGUCUUGCCUGUGCCUUAUUCAUUCUCAUGCGCUAUGUUAGUAUCACGGCUAUGGUAGUCAGUAAUUAUGGAUACUUCUCCACUACCUAUACCCAACAAACCUGUCAACAAUACUAUAUUGUGGCGCCUAUCUUCAAAGCCAUACAAACUAUGAUAUCACAGGUCAUCUUGGGUGUCAGGACAUUCAAUAUUGUAAGAAGAGAUAGGCGGAUAGGAAUUAUGCUAUCGUUGCUAUACCUCCUGUCAACUUCGGCGGAGUGGUUCACCGAUCUAUUUCACGAGACCCCUAGUGUUGUUUAUGGAAACUGCACCUCAGCAAAUGCUGGCAAAGUGUUGUCAACUUGGUUCUACUAUCUCGCUGUGAUAUUGUAUGACGUCGUAAUUGUGACGGUAUCUACCAUGCACCUUCUACGUUAUAAUCCUAUCAGUAACAGAGUAGAACGGCUGGUACGGGUCCUGAUCUAUGACGGCAUUGGGUAUUUCAUCGUGUUGUCUGCAUCAAACGUAUUGAACCUCGUCUUUUAUCAUACAACCAAUAUCCAGACUCAGACAGCAGCGGCAUCAAUAGGCUAUGCUGUAACGUGGAUCAUGACCCAACGGAUCCUCAUCCACGUACGAGAAAAUACAAGACCAGAAGCCCAGCGAUUGGAAAAUGUGAUCGUCGCGCGUCCCCCACUCACUGCGCAGAAAAGAGUGAUGUCCGGUCUGCGCUCACAGUUCGAGUCCAAGAGCCACUCCAAAGGCUCUAAAAGCUCCAAAAGCGCUGGUGGUGCAGAGUUCAGGCCUACAUCGCCUCUUAAUCCCAACGACAUGGAACUCGAUGUACACGUACGCGUCGAGCGCUCGGUGAUGGUAGACUACAAGGAUGAAUCUGACCAUUCGGGUUCGUGGGUGAAAUGAAUCUGGGGCACUGAGCAUAAUAGAGAAGGGAGUUAGCGACUGUCUGGUAUGGGUGACUACCCAACAUGCGGUAUUAACGUAUAUAUAUCCACCCAGUUCUACUAUCGAAAUCAUAGGGUUUUCCACUUUCAGGUUGUCCCCGUUCAUAACAAAGAUGCAACAUAUCCGGUGAGCUGUUCAAGAUUUGCUGC